AUGACAGAGACAAUUGCCAAUGUAGCGCCUAUAACCCAAGACGUCCACGUCAAGGAUUACAAUGUGUCGAAGAAAAACGACUUGACCAUCCAAUGGAACGACGGACAUCAAAGCACAUAUUCGCGCGCUUUCCUCGUCCGCGCAGCCUUCCCAGAAGAACCGGUACUUUGGGGCGCCUCCAUCGCAUCGGAGAUUGACACAAUCCGCGGGCCCAGCAUCAAAUUCGGCUCAAAGUACUACAGCAUGAAAUCCCUACUCGCUCGAAUCCGCGAAUACGGCUUCUGUUACGUCACAAACGUGCCGCACGAGUCCCCCUCCGACACAGAGCAACUUCUGAAAAGCAUCGCAUUCAUCCGCGAAACGCACUACGGCGGCUUCUACGACUUCACCGCGGACCUCGCCUCCAAAGAUACCGCGUACACAAACAUCGCCCUCGAAGCCCACACCGACACGACGUAUUUCUCCGACCCGGCGGGCCUACAAGCUUUCCACCUGUUGUCGCAUACCGAUGGCGAGGGCGGCGCGUCCCUGCUCGUCGACGGGUUCAAGGUCGCGCAGGAAUUGUAUGACACGGAUCGCGAGGCGUAUCGUGUGCUGAGCACGGUGAAUGUACACGCGCACGCGUCGGGGAACGAGGGGAUUAGUAUCCAGGCGUACCGCGGCUUUCCGGUGCUGGAGCAUGAUGGCGCGACGGGGGCGUUGCUGCGUGUGAGGUGGAACACGGCGGAUCGUGCGAGUAUUGAGUUGCCGAUUGAGGAGACGGGGAGGUGGUAUGAUGCUGCGCGCAAGUUUGAUGGGCUGUUGAAGAAGAAGGAGAAUGAGUAUUGGGAGCAGUUGACGCCUGGAAAGGUGCUGAUCUUUGACAAUUGGAGGGUGUUGCAUGGGCGGAGCAGUUUUACAGGGAAGAGGAGGAUUUGUGGAGGGUAUAAGAUGGAGCUUUUGGGGAGGGAGGAGGUGCUGGGUGGGUUGGCCUAA